GCCAGUGGACGGGUCAUGGAUGGACAUACAUGAGAGUUUUACUCUUGAUGAAGGAGCUCCAAGUAAAAAAAGAAAGAGAGGUCCAAGAAACUUGAAUGCCAAAGCCAAUAACAAAGGAAAAUCUAUAGUAAGACAAGAGAAUGAGAAUGAAGAUGAUGCUGAAGAUGGGGAAGAGGAGGAUGAUGAAGAAGUGACAUUGUUAAUGGAGGAUGAUCAUGAAUUGAGUGACAUUGAUCUUGGAGAUGAUGAAUGAGGAAUUGAAUUUUAUGUUCAGUGAUUUUAGUCUUUUUAAGCUAGGAUUUUGAUUUUGUGAAUUGAUU